CCCUUCGGUUCCCAACUUCCCCGCCUAAAUAUUUAUUAUUUUCCUGGCAUUUAAAAAUAAGAAGUUUAGUGCGGUCUUAACCCACUCGUCUCUUAUAAUACUCUCACGAGGUGCUCCCCCUUCUUCCAAGCCGGGGGAGGGGAGAAGGAACCCUUGAAGCUCUCGCUUGUUUUGUUCCCCUCGCUUCAGAUCCACAGGGUUUCAGCCGAAGAAGAGGUUUUUGCAUGUAAGAAAAUGGCAUUUGGGAAAAGCUCGCGGGCAGAUGCUAGGAGGACGUCAUCAUCCUUCUGUUCAACAACAACAAUUGUCGUGUUUGUUGCUCUUUGCUUAGUUGGCGUAUGGAUGAUGACAUCCUCAACUGUAACCCCUGUGGAUAUGUCUCCGCCAAGUUCCAAAUCUGAUGCUAAAGAUCAAGUUCCUGAAACUGAUUCUAAGCUAUUUGAAGAUAACUCUGGUGACAUAACUGAAGAUUCGGAGAAGUUGGUGCAGAAGACUCAUGAGGAGAAUCCUGUGAAGGGCAAUGAGGAUAAAACCAAUGUUGGGGCAGAGGACACGUCUAAAACUGUGACUUACAGUGACAGAAAUGGGAAGAGUGAAGAAGAAAAAGUUCAAGAGGGUGGAGAUGCAAGUACGGAGACAGACACUGGCAGUCGGGCAGAUGGGGAAGGCAAUAACAGCGAACAAAAGUCAGAUGAGCAAGAUAAGAACUUGGCAGAGAAGUCCGAGAAAGCUGAAAAUAGUGAACAACAAGAAACCAAUAGCGAGAAGAAAUCGGAAGAAGAGGAGAAAUCUGAUGGUGAUGGGAAGGAUAAGGGUCAGAUACAGGAGAAGGUGGAGCAAAGUGAAGGCCAGGGGACAGGACAAAUCUCUGAUGAUAACAAUGCUGGGAACCAGGAUAAGGAUAAAGCCUCAAAUGAGGUGUUUCCAUCUGGGGCCCAGUCAGAGCUUUUAAAUGAGACCAAUACCCAGAAUGGGGCAUGGUCUACACAAGCUGCAGAAUCAAAAAAUGAGAAGGAGGUCCAAGCAUCUGCCUCAUCAAAGGGCCAACUUGUAGGCUACAAUUGGAAACUUUGUAAUGUCACUGCUGAAGCAGAUUAUAUCCCUUGUCUUGACAAUGAGGAAGCUAUCAGGAAGCUUCCAAGUACCAAACAUUAUGAACAUCGAGAGAGGCAUUGCCCUAAAGAGGCUCCAACCUGCCUUGUUCAUGUUCCAGAUGGAUACAAACGACCAAUUGACUGGCCUAAGAGCAGGGACAAGGUAUGGUACUCUAAUGUCCCACAUACCAAGCUUGCAGUGGUAAAGGGGCAUCAGAAUUGGGUGAAAGUUUCAGGAGAAUACCUCACAUUUCCAGGGGGUGGAACUCAGUUCAAGAAUGGUGCACUCCACUACAUUGAUUUCAUUCAACAGUCACUAUCUGAUAUUGCAUGGGGGGAAAAAAGCCGUGUUGUUUUGGACGUUGGCUGUGGUGUGGCUAGUUUUGGGGGCUAUCUCUUCGAUAGAGGUGUGCUUACCAUGUCAUUUGCACCCAAAGAUGAGCAUGAAGCUCAAGUUCAAUUUGCUCUCGAGCGAGGAAUCCCAGCUGUAUCAGCAGUAAUGGGCACCAAGAGACUUCCCUACCCCAGCAAAGUCUUUGAUGUUGUCCACUGUGCCCGCUGCCGAGUACCUUGGCACAUUGAAGGUGGCAUGCUUUUGUUGGAGUUAAACCGUCUUCUGCGUCCUGGUGGUUACUUUGUGUGGUCUGCUACUCCAGUUUAUCAAAGUCUUCCAGAAGAUGUCGACGUCUGGAAAGCCAUGUCUGCCCUUACAAAGUCCAUGUGCUGGAAAAUGGUAAACAAAACGAAUGAUACCUUCAACCAAGUGGGUUUAGCAAUCUUCAGAAAACCUUCUGACAAUAAAUGCUACGAGAAAAGAAUGGAAAACAACCCUCCACUUUGUGAAGAAUCUGAUGAUCCAGAUGCAGCCUGGAAUGUUCCCUUGCAAGCUUGCAUGCACAAAUUGCCUGUAGAUCCUGAUGUGCGUGGGUCAAAGUGGCCAGAGCAGUGGCCGUUGAGGCUGGAGAAGGCACCUUAUUGGCUAAACAAUUCUCAGGCUGGGGUUUAUGGUAAACCAGCUGUGGAGGACUUUGAAGCAGACUAUCAGCAUUGGAAACGAGUUGUAAGCAAGUCAUAUGUCAGUGGAAUGGGAAUCAACUGGUCUCAUGUUAGAAAUGUCAUGGAUAUGAGAUCUGUAUAUGGAGGCUUUGCCACAGCUUUGCGAGACAUGAAGGUGUGGGUCAUGAAUAUUGUCUCCAUUGACUCCCCUGACACACUUCCCGUUAUUUAUGAGCGUGGACUGUUUGGAACGUAUCAUGAUUGGUGUGAAUCGUUCAGCACCUACCCAAGAACGUAUGAUCUUCUCCAUGCAGACCAUCUAUUCUCAAAGCUCAAAAAGAGGUGCAAAUUACAGCCGGUGAUUGCAGAGGUGGAUCGGAUACUGAGACCAGAAGGCAAUCUGAUUGUAAGAGACAAUGUGGAGAUAAUCAAUGAAAUAGAGAACAUUGCAAAGUCUUUGCACUGGGAGAUCCGGAUGACCUACUCAAAGGACAAUGAGGGGUUGUUGUGUGUUCAAAAGACAAUGUGGCGGCCAAAAGAGUAGAGGCAAGCAAAUCAUCGGUGUAUUAGAACCAUCAUCUAUGGUAGUUCGAUAAUUUUUGGCUGUUCUCAUAUAAUCGUGUAAAAUUUUUGUUGUAUGCUUUAUCUUCCUUGUAUCCAAGAAGGGAAAAGCCUUCUAAUUACGAGUCAAUUGUAGAACCAUUUAUUCUUGAAUCAAUGAAAACAUCAUUCUGGAAG